AUGAACAGAGGCAGCUUCAAUCCUAAUCCCAUCCGUCUCCCUCCUCCUGAGGAAUCCAUCUCCAAAUUCUUAACACAGAGUGGAACGUUUAAGGAUGGAGACCUUCUAGUGAACAAAGAUGGAAUCCAGACCGUGUCUCAGUCCGAACCAGGAGCUGCACCUCCUAUUGAGCCAUUGGACAACCAGUUGAGUCUGGCAGAUCUAGAAGUGAUAAAAGUCAUUGGCAAAGGAAGCAGUGGCAAUGUCCAGUUGGUGAAACACAAACUCACUCAACAGUUUUUUGCUCUUAAGGUGAUUCAAUUGAACACAGAAGAAUCAACAUGCAGGGCGAUUUCUCAGGAGCUGAGAAUAAACUUGAGCUCGCAAUGUCCAUUUCUAGUCUCGUGUUAUCAGUCUUUCUACCAUAACGGUCUUGUUUCAAUCAUAUUGGAGUUCAUGGAUGGUGGAUCACUCGCGGAUCUGUUGAAGAAAGUCGGGAAAGUUCCUGAAAACAUGCUCGCUGCCAUCUGCAAGCGAGUGCUAAGAGGCUUGUGCUAUAUGCACCAUGAGAGGCGAAUCAUUCACCGGGACUUGAAGCCAUCGAACUUGCUAAUCAAUCAUAGAGGUGAAGUCAAGAUCACAGACUUUGGUGUAAGCAAGAUCUUGUCAAGCAGUAGCAGUCUAGCUAAUUCUUUCGUGGGAACAACAUACUAUAUGUCUCCAGAGAGAAUCAGCGGAGAUUCAUACAAUAACAAGAGCGAUAUUUGGAGUUUGGGACUGGUUUUGCUCGAAUGUGCAACGGGUAAAUUCCCUUACACUCCUCCGGAAGACAUGAAGAAAUGGAGUAGCGUGUAUGAGAUAGUGAACACCAUUGUUGAAAACCCUCCUCCUUGUGCACCUUCUCAUCUGUUUUCUCAAGAGUUUUGCUCCUUCAUCUCGCAAUGCGUACAGAAAGAUCCAAACCACAGAAAAUCGGCAAGGGAGCUUCUGGAACACAAGUUCGUGAACAUGUUUGAGGAUUUGGAUGUGAAUCUCUCGUCUUACUUCACAAACGCAGGAUCUUUGAUUCCCCCACUAGCUAACAGCUAG